UUAACUUUGAUUUUGACAAUGGCAUUGACAAUGACAUUGACAUAAAAAAAAUUCAAGUAAUAGUUUUAGUACGGAAUUAAAAUUUUUUAAAUUAAAUAAAACAAAUUUAAGUUUAUUAAAAUUGGUUAGGGAAAAAUGCUGGGCCGAAACAUAUUAUCAAGGGCUAUUCUACUGCGUACCCUCAAAAAUGCUGCUAAUAAUCGCAACCAAAUAAGAAAUGAUAGUCACGGAGUAUGGUCCUAUAGAGUACCACCUCCACUGCCAAAGAAGGCAACUAUUUUCCAGGCAGAGAUUUUAGGAGGGUUAUGCUGGUGGUGGAUUCUCUACCAUAUUGCUACUGAGCCCGAACAUAUAUAUGGUGAAUGGCCAUACGUUGAUCCAAGCACCUGGACUGAUGAAGAACUGGGCAUCCCUCCAGAUUCACAAGGCCCCUUGAAGAAAUAAAUUUAAAUUAAUUUUAGCACAUGAUUAGUUUGUUUUAAAUAAAAUAGUUUAAACAUU